GGGGAAGAGGGAGAAGGCGGGGAGCCGGGUCGCCAGCGCUCGGGUCCGCCUCUGACUGCGGCGCGGCGGGGCGAUGUGUGAUUACCAUGGCGAGGAGUCUCUGUCCGGGGGCCUGGCUAAGGAAACCCUAUUACCUCCAGGCUCGCUUUUCAUAUGUGCGGAUGAAAUAUCUUUUCUUUUCCUGGUUGGUGGUUUUUGUUGGAAGCUGGAUUAUAUAUGUGCAAUACUCUACCUAUACAGAACUAUGCAGAGGGAAGGACUGUAAGAAAAUAAUAUGUGACAAGUACAAGACUGGAGUUAUUGAUGGGCCUGCAUGUAAUAGCCUUUGUGUUACAGAAACUCUAUACUUUGGGAAAUGCUUAUCCACCAAGCCCAACAAUCAGAUGUAUUUAGGGAUUUGGGGUAAUCUACCAGGUGUUGUGAAAUGUCAAAUGGAACAAGCACUUCAUCUUGAUUUUGGAACUGAAUUGGAACCAAGGAAAGAAAUAGUGCUAUUUGAUAAGCCAACAAGGGGAACUACUGUACAGAAAUUCAAAGAAAUGGUCUAUAGUCUCUUUAAAGCAAAGUUGGGUGACCAAGGAAAUCUCUCUGAACUGGUUAAUCUCAUCUUGACGGUGGCUGAUGGAGACAAAGAUGGCCAGGUUUCCUUGGGAGAAGCGAAGUCAGCAUGGGCACUUCUUCAACUAAAUGAAUUUCUUCUCAUGGUGAUACUUCAAGAUAAAGAGCAUACCCCCAAAUUAAUGGGAUUCUGUGGUGAUCUCUAUGUGAUGGAAAGUGUUGAAUAUACCUCUCUUUAUGGAAUAAGCCUUCCAUGGGUCAUUGAACUUUUUAUUCCAUCUGGGUUCAGAAGAAGCAUGGAUCAGUUGUUCACACCAUCAUGGCCUAGAAAGGCUAAAAUAGCCAUAGGACUUCUGGAAUUUGUGGAAGAUGUUUUCCACGGCCCCUAUGGAAACUUCCUCAUGUGUGAUAUUAGUGCCAAAAACCUAGGAUAUAAUGAUAAAUAUGAUUUGAAAAUGGUGGACAUGAGAAAAAUUGUGCCAGAGACAAACCUGAAAGAAAUUAUAAAGGAUCGUCACUGUGAGUCUGAUUUGGACUGUGUUUAUGGCACGGAUUGUCGAACUAGCUGUGAUCAGAGUACAAUGAAGUGUACUUCAGAAGUGAUACAACCAAACCUAGCAAAAGCCUGUCUGUUACUCAAAGACUACCUACUGCGUGGUGCUCCAAGUGAAAUUCGUGAAGAAUUGGAAAAGCAACUUUAUUCUUGUAUUGCUCUCAAAGUCACAGCAAAUCAAAUGGAAAUGGAACAUUCUUUGAUACUAAAUAACCUAAAAACAUUACUGUGGAAGAAAAUUUCCUAUACAAAUGACUCUUAGUUCAUUUGGACAUUGUGACCAUUAUAGGAAACUUAACAAUUCUAAGGAAAAUUUUUGAGCAUUAAAAAAAAAAAAAAAAAGAUGGCUUCUGAUUCAAAUCCCUGCCAGUUACACAAAACUCCUUCCCCCUGGUUUUAAGAAGCCAUCAUCUUAAGAUACAUGUUGAUUGCUGAAGUAACGGCAGGAGGUAUAGGAUGAACAGGUCCAAAGAUUUCAUUCCUGCUGUUAGAGGCCCUGGUAGAUUUUCCAGUACAUUCACUGUGUAACUAUUUUAACUAAUGACCUAAAAUAAUGCUGUGAAAAGCCUCAUUCCAUAAACAUCAACAGUGAGUAUUUUGUAGAUUUGUUAGCCAAAAUACCAUUGCUGGAAACAUUGUUUGCAUUGAAGCUGCUGUUUAAAAAAAUAAUUAUACAUUUACUAAAGUCUUAGCAUGGUAAAGUUUGCACAUUAACAGAAAUUAAGACUGCAAAGCAGGUAAAGUUACUCCUUUAUAAACAGAUGUUGGGUUAAUAGCAUGGUUUGUAUUUAUAGACUUAAAACAUUUAGACAUUAUAUGGCUUCAGAAUGUUUUGAGUGG